AAUGACUGUUCACAUGAAUAUAAGCAAUGUGAGAGGACCUAGAAAAAGGCAUUCCUGGUGAUGGUUCAAAGCAGGAUUCGCUCCUCUCUCGUUCCCUUUACAGCCCAAAAAUUCCAGCAGCUUCACGUUCUCGGUUCGGAGUUUUGGUUCCGUGGCUACGAGCAGACCAUUGAGCUCGAUCGGACCAAGCUAAUCCAUGCCCACUUGACCAAAACUCACAGUUCGUCAACCACUUCCCUUCACCACAAUUUCAACCCUUCAGCUCAGUUCAAUUUCCUGGUCACAUCUUACAUCAAGAAUGGCCACCCAGGAACUGCAAUUAAGAUAUAUGUCUAUCUGCGUAGAAAUGAUUUCAGACCAGACGGUUUUACCAUGCCUUCUGUCCUCAAAGCAUGUGCUCAAGUUCGUUGUGCGAGGGUCGGUGAAGAGAUGCACGGGUUUGCUGUGAAGAGUGGACUGGACGAGGAUGUUUUCUUACUCAAUGCCCUGAUCUCUAUGUAUGGAGAAUGUGGGAAGUUGUACUCCGCCGGUUUCCUGUUUGAUGAAAUGCCCAAAAGGGAUGCCGUCUCCUGGAGCACGAUGAUCAGGAGCCAUUUCCGAAAUGGGCUAUUAUGUGAAGCUGUAAAACUCGUAAGAGACAUGUGCUCAUCGGGUUUAAGGCCAAGCGAUGUUGUGAUGAUAACAAUGGGGAAUCUCUUUGCGAGCCUUGGCAACUCGGGACUGGCUAAAGCUACGCAUGCUUGUGUGAUAAGAAACAGCUCAGAUGAGGAGAUGAUGAGAGUCCCAUUGACCACUGCUUUGAUCGACAUGCAUGCCAAAUGCAAGAACCUGCCUAUUGCUCGGAGGCUCUUCGAUGGGCUGAUUGAGAAGAACAUUGUUUCGUGGACUUCCAUGAUUUCGGGCUGCAUUCGGGGCCGAGAACUGAAAGAAGCAGCAGAGCUUUUCAGCAGAAUGCAGGGUGAAGGUAUAGUUCCAAAUGAGGUGACCCUGCUGAGUUUAGUAUCGGAGUGUGGAUUCCUCGGGGCUCUGCAACUCGGGAAGCAGAUACAUGGUUAUAUUCUAAGGCAUGGAUUUGUGAUUACCUCGGCGCUGAUCUCUGCUUUGAUUGAUAUGUACGGGAAGAGUGGCGAUGUAAAAUAUGCUAAAGCAUUAUUCCAUAGAUCCAUUGGCAGAGAGAUCUUGAUGUGGAAUGUGAUGAUAUCAGCUUAUUCUCGAGCAAGAUGCAUUGAUGAGGCUUGCAAUUCCUUUGUUCAGAUGAAGGCUGCUGGACUGAAGCCGAACGAGGCGAGCUUUCUUUCACUCCUUCCCACGUGUGCAGGAACUGGAGCCCUGAUCCUGGGGAGAUGGGUUCAUUCCUGUUUAAUGAAACUAGGCAUGGCAGACGACUUAAUGCUUAAAACCGCACUUUUGGAUACGUAUGCUAAAUGUGGCAAGAUAGAAGAUGCUUCGAGACUCUUCGAUGAGGCCAGGAUUCGGGAUAUAUGCAUGUGGAACACCAUGAUUGGUGGAUACGGAAAGCACGGGCGAGGAAAUGAAGCAUUGCUACUUUACAGGGAAAUGGAAGAACAGGGCACAAAACCAAACGGUACCACCUUUAUUGCAAUUCUGCAUGCCUGUAGUCAUUGUGGGAUGGUUGAAGAAGGUAAGAAGGUGUUCCAUGAGAUGGUCCACGGCCUUGGUUUGAUUCCAAAAGUCGAGCACUAUGGAUGCAUGGUAGACCUCCUUGGUCGGGCAGGGCUGCUCGAGGAGGCAUUAGAAUUGAUCCAUACCAUGCCAUGGAGGCCAAAUGUUACUGUUUGGGGUGCCCUGCUAGCUGCCUCAAGGCUUCACAGGAAUUCCAAGCUUGAGGAGCUGGCAUCGAAGCAGAUACUUGAAAUAGAGCCUCGAAGUUCUAGUUACAGUGCUCUCAUGUCGAACUUCCAUGCAGCCAUGGAUAGAUGGGAUUGCGUGGAAGAAGUGAGACAGCGAAUGGUAAGUUUGAGAAUAAAAAAGGAAGCAGGUCUCAGUGCCAUAUAUGUAGGUGGAGGUGACUCAUGAUUUCAGGAUGAACAGCAAUAGGUACUACCAUUCCAUUGC